UUGUCCGAGCAUAUCCUAGACAGGUGCAGGUUCCUCGGGGGCCAGAUCCCUCUCAUUAGCGAGCCCGUCUCCUAGGGGACAGGGUGGGGUGUAAUUCUUUGACAGAUUUUUGUAAGCCCCAUCUCUUGGCGGAGAGGAGAGGAGACCAUGGCCCCUCAGGGCUCGCGGGCCCCGCUGGAAUUCGGGGGACCCCUGGGAGCUGCGGCGCUGAUGCUGCUGCUCCCUGCCACCAUGUUCCACCUGCUCCUGGCGGCUCGCUCCGGGCCGGCGCGCCUCCUGGACCUACCCCUCAACCUGCCGCGACCCGAGGCUCUGUGGAGUCCCCGGGCGCUGCUGCUGUGGUUCACCUGGCUUGGCCUGCAGGCGGCGUUCUACCUACUGCCUGCGCGCAAGAUGGCUGAGGGCCAGGAAUUGAAGGACAAGAGUCGCCUGCGCUACCCCAUUAACGGCUUCCAGGCCCUGGUGCUGACAGCCCUGUUGGUGGGCCUCGGGGUGCUGGCGGGGCUGCCCCUGGGGGAGCUCACAGAAAUGCUCCUGCCCUUGGCGUUUGUGGCCACCCUCACCGCCUUCGUCUUCAGCCUCCUUCUCUAUCUGAAGGCUCUACUAGCCCCUGCCUCCGCCCUGGCACCUGGGGGGAACUCAGGCAACCCCAUUUACGACUUUUUCCUGGGACGAGAGCUCAACCCGCGCAUCGGUUCCUUUGACUUCAAAUAUUUUUGCGAGCUGCGGCCUGGCCUCAUCGGCUGGGUCCUCAUCAACCUGGCCCUGCUGGUACAGGAUGCAGAACUUCGGGGGAGUCCCUCUCUGGCAAUGUGGCUGGUCAAUGGCUUCCAGUUACUCUAUGUGGGUGAUGCCCUCUGGCAUGAGGAAGCUGUCCUUACCACCAUGGACAUCACACACGAUGGGUUUGGCUUCAUGCUGGCCUUUGGGGACCUCGCCUGGGUGCCCUUCACCUACAGCCUGCAGGCCCAGUUUCUGCUGUACCACCCACAGCCCCUGGAGUUACCCAUGGCCUCAGCCCUCUGCCUCAUGAACGCUGUUGGCUUCUACAUCUUCCGUGCAGCGAAUUCCCAGAAAAACACCUUCCGAAAGAAUCCUUCUGACCCCCGAGUGGCAGACCUCGAGACCAUCCCUACAGCCACGGGGAGGCAGCUGCUUGUGUCUGGGUGGUGGGGCAUGGUCCGCCAUCCCAACUACCUUGGAGAUCUCAUUAUGGCUCUGGCCUGGUCCUUGCCCUGUGGGGUAUCCCACCUGCUGCCCUACUUCUACCUCCUCUACUUCACUGCGCUGCUGGUGCACCGUGAGGCCCGGGAUGAGCAGCAGUGCCUGCGGAAGUACGGCCUGGCCUGGCACGAGUACUGCAGGCGUGUGCCUUACCGGAUCGUGCCCUACGUCUACUGAAGUGCUGGCCCUACCCACCCCAGGUCGGGGCACGUGCCCGUCUGCCAGGAACCUGGACGCACCCAAGACUCAAAAGCUUGUACUCAGUCCUGCCCUGAGCUCCAACAGGCAGGAUGAAGAGCCUCAGAGAGGUGGUUUGGAGCAAGGAGAAAAUGAAGACAGUACCCCAAACCACGAGUGGAGGGGUUGCUCUCACGUCUCUGAUAAACACCAGGAGC